UGUUGGAUUUAGUUUUGCGCUACAGUGGUAGCAUACUGACAACGUUUCGAUGGUGAAAGAAAUAAAAAUAUUCGUUUGUUUUUCCUCGUGAGAGUUAUAAUGAGUGAUACAGCAGCAUCUUUAUCGUGCCCAAUAUGUACCCAUACUGGAGUAUUCGAUUCUGUGCAAUCACUGAGAGAUAGAUUAAUACAUGUGUCUACAAAUAAAAUCUUGUGUCCUGUAUGCCAGGAAGAAGUAAGUGGAUUAGACAAGCUCACAAUACAUUUAUUUAGUCACGUUAAAUUAUUAACAACGAAAGGAUGUUCUGAAAAACAAGAAACCGUAACUAAUAUAUCAAAAUCAACGACAUUUGAUAACCUAACUAGUAGUGCACUUCAAAAACAGGCCAAACCAGCUGGAUCUAAAAAUAAAACUACGCUAUCAACAGCAAAUAUGCCAAUAAAAUAUGUGAAGAUAUACCCCAAGUUACCAGUUGUUUCUCUUAAUCCCGUGCCAGUUAUAGAUGUAUCAAGACCUUCUGAUAAGGAAUGCAUACGAGCUAACAAUUCUUUGUUUGUACCGACGGUAAAAGCAGAUGCAUCGCUAACACAAACAAAUACAAUAUGUAGUGUUUGUGGUUUACAAUUUGUAGAUGCUGAUAUUUUAAGAAUGCAUAGAUGCUUGAUACAUAAUAUUGAUGAAAAUUCAAGUCAAAACGUUUCCAGAUAUCAUUGUCAUAUAUGUCCUAAAAAUUUUAAAAUGAGAGGUUCGUUAAUGGUUCAUUUAAGAGUGGCACAUUGCGGAUUCCUUUCUGGAAAUCAUACCUCUAUUACUAAUACAGAUUCAAAAAAUGAACAGAGAAAAAUACAAGAACCACCGCUAGAAGAUAAAUUAACUAGUCUUGAAAGGACUGAUAACAAACAAUGGCAGUGUGAUGUAUGUCGAAAAUGCUUUACAACUAAAUAUUUUCUGAAGAAACAUAAGCGUCUGCAUACAGGUGAGACGCCCUACGCUUGCACUCAGUGUAAUAAAACAUUUACUUUCCAACAAUCUUAUCAUAAACAUCUACUUUAUCAUAAUGAUGAAAAGCCUCAUACAUGUAAUUAUUGUGGCCGUUCAUUCAAAGAGCUCUCAACUCUUCACAAUCAUCAAAGAAUUCAUACUGGUGAAAAACCAUUCUCGUGUGAAACUUGUGGUAAAUGUUUUCGUCAAAGAGUAUCGUAUUUAGUUCAUAGACGUAUACACACCGGUGUAAUGCCUUACAAAUGUACAGCAUGUGAAAAAAGUUUCCGAUAUAAGGUUUCACAACGAACUCACAAAUGUCCGUCUAAACCACCUGGUGUAGUUAUACGACAAGUCGGUGAUCUCGUAGAAAAACUUAAGAAAAGACACGCUGAUUCAGAUAUAUCACAACAAGAAGCACAAACCCGAAAUAUAAUGUAUUCUGAAAUUUCUGAAGCAAAUGCAGAACUAGUUCGUACUGGAGCUAAAUUAUCUUUAGAAGACAUGGAAUCUGAUAAUUUUAAGCUCAUUUCUGAUACACUUGUUGAUGAAAAUAAAUUGUCUACAAAAGCUUCCGCAGCAAAAUUUACGCCUCCUGAUGAAGAUAAUAUACAGAAUACUGAAAUAUUUGAUACCAAUUUAGAAGACAUCAUAGAUUCUAUUCCAACUCUUGAUAAAAAUAUGCCAUCACCAUCAGAAAUUCUUAAAAAUUUAUGUCUAUCAAAAGAAGACGACUACGUAAUAUGGCCAUAAUAUUAUUAUAAUGGAUAGUGUAACUCGAUAUCAUUGUAUUGGGGUCUGCAAAAUAUUGUUGAAUUGCCUUUGAUAUUGUAAUUGUUCAUGGGCUGCGGUAAUAUCUAGAAUAUUAUAGUAUGCAUCCACCGAUUAUGAUAUUUAUUAUUUCGAUAGCUACAUUCGUUAAAUAAAACAAAUACUGUAAACAUUUUUUUACCUA